AUGGCUACUAAUAUGUCUGAUAUUUUAAAAAAUGAAUAUCAAAUUAAUUCUACCAAUGGUUGGUCAUCAAUUUAUUCAUUUUGUCAGUUUAAUGAAACUUCUACCAGUGUAUGGUUCCGGUAUUUUGCUGAUUAUAAAACAAAUACAAUAAAUCCAUGUGUUGAAUUUAGUAGUAUUAUGUUUGAACAUGUCAUUUUUUUAUAUUUUAUAGUACUUAAUUUUUUUAAAAUGACUUUUUCACCAAGAAUACCAACAAAUUCUAUUUACAUUACAACAUUGGUCAAAUUAAUUACUACAUCAUGUUCAUGUGUCUUUUUAAUCAUAUCUUUGUUUAUCCCUUUGGUAACAACUGCAUAUGAAUUACCAACUAUACUUAUUAUUGAAUAUUUUUUGAUAUCAAUAAUAUGGCUUAUUUACUCUCUAUUCUGGUAUUGUAAUAUUUUUUAUGAACAUUGGCAUAAAAAUAAAUGUUUCAACAUUUUGUAUUCAAUUGUAUCAAAAGGUUUUUUAAUUAUUGGUAUACAAAGAGGAUUACUGUAUUCUUUUACUGAUCCUAGAAGUUACCUUUUACUUUUAGGUUUUCUUUUUCAUAUAAUUAAUUAUGGAAAUAAUAUAUUAGAAUGGUAUUUAAGCAAAAAUAUUUAUGUCCAUGGUUUAUUGCAUGAAAAUAAUUUACUUUCAAAUGUAUUUCCAUCAGCAACACCCACUUUAAGAACAGAUGAAGAAGUUAACUUAUUUUCAAGAAUGUUUUACCUUUGGACAAAUAAUCUUGUAUAUAAAGGGUAUAAACAACAAUUGACAAAUUUAAAUCAACUUUAUCAUUUACCAAAAUCAUUAUGUGUAUCAGAGAUUGAAAAAAAAUUUUUUGAAUCUGCUCCCUCAAUUCACAUAGAUGGUUAUAAUUUUUCACUCUUUACAGCAUUAUUAAAUUGUUUUGGAAAACAAUAUUUUUUCCUUGCCAUUCCACGCCUAAUUGCUGAUAUAGCAUCUUUUUCUGGUCCAAUAUUUUUACAUCUUUUGGUUACAGCUAUUGAAGAUUCUGAUGAAGAGAAAGGUUGUAUUGAUACAUUAUAUUAUUCUUUUUUAAUAUUUACAAGUUCUUUAAUAUCUGUCUUCUGUAAUCUUCAUUACAAUUUUUAUUCUAAUAAAAUUGGAUUAAAAGUUCGGACUGCUACAACUAUAGCAGUGUAUGAAAAACUUUUAUCAGUCCCAUAUUUUUCAUUUUUUAGUAAGAAAGACAAUAUUAAUUCUAAUUCUAAUGAAUCUGUGUCUGCCGGAAAGAUAUCAAAUUUUAUUUCAAUUGACACAGAGAGAAUAACAAAUUUUGUCAUCAGUUUUCAUGCUUUUUGGUCUAUGCCAAUGCAAUUAAUUAUAGCUUUGUACUUAAUUUAUAGAGAGGUUGGGAUGGCAUUUUUGUCGGUAGUUGUAAUAAGCAUAAUUAUGAUUCCAGUAAAUAAAUAUAUAAGUACUAAAAUUGGAGUAUAUUCAACAAAAAUGAUGGCAAUGAAAGAUAUGAGAAUGAAAUUAAUAACUGAAACAAUUAGAGGAAUAAGGCAAGUUAAAUUAUGCAAUUGGGAAAGGCAUUUUGAGGAAAAAAUAAAUGAAAUAAGGCAGAAAGAAUUAAAAUAUCUAGCAUAUCGUAAAUAUUUAGAUGCUCUUUGUGUAUAUCUAUGGGCUUCAGCUCCAGUUUUUAUUACUGUAGCAAUUUUUGGAACAUAUACUUUAUGGAUGGGGCAAAUGUUGACAUCAGCAAAAGUAUUUACUUGUUUAGCAUUAAUUAAUAUGCUUAUUGUUCCAUUAAAUGCUUUUCCAUGGGUUUUAAAUGGUGUGAUUGAAAGUUUUGUUAGUCUUAAACGUUUAAAUUCAUUUUUUGAUGUUAAAGAUCUUGAUUAUUUAUCAAUUUAUGAUCCUGUUGAGGAAAAAUUAUUUGGCCAAUCAGUUUUAGAAUUAAAUAAUGUUUCAUUUUGUUGGAAUAAUAAUGAUGAAAAUAUUGGUCCUAUAUAUAAAUCAUUAAAAUCUAUAAAUUUACAAAUAGUUCCAUCAGAAAUUGUUGGUAUUACGGGUCCUGUUGGUUGUGGUAAAUCAUCUUUAUUAUUAGGAAUUCUUGGUGAACUUCAAAUAAUAAAUGGUCAUAAUAAUUCUAUAUGUAUUAAACCAUCACUUUUAGAAAAUGGUAUUGGUUAUGUUGGUCAGGAAUGUUGGUUAAAAAGAGGUACAAUAAAAGAAAAUGUAUUAUGUGGUACUAAGUAUGAUCCAAAAUUUUAUUCUUUUGUUAUUUCAUCAACAGCAUUAUCAUAUGACUUAACAAUGAUGCCUAAAGGUGAUUCAUAUUUAAUAUCAGAUGGUGGUUCAACACUUUCUGGGGGACAAAAAGCAAGAUUAGCACUUGCUAGAUCAGUAUAUCAAAAUAAUGAUUUAUAUUUACUUGAUGAUCCAUUUUCAUCAUUAGAUAAAAAAGUAGCUAAACAUAUAUGGAACAAAUGUAUUAUAGAAAUGUUAAAAAAUAGGAAUAAGGCUGUAAUUAUGGCAACACAUAAUAUAGAUUUUCUUAGUAAAUGUGAUAAAAUAAUUAUACUAAAUAAGAAUGGUUCUAUUAAAGCACAAGGGACACCUGAUGAAGUUAUGAAUGAAAUAAAUGAUAUUAAUGAUUGGAAAAGUAGUAAUGAAAGUAUUAAUGAUAUUGAGAAGGAGGAUGAAUUACUUGUUGGAGAAGGUAUUAUUGAAAUAGAUUUAAAAGAUAUUAAUGAAGAAACUAAAGAAGUAGGUACUGUAAAAGCUUAUGUUUUUAAAUGUUAUCUUAAAUCAAUUGGUUUAUGGCUUUCAUCUUUUAUAUUAUUAUCAAUAAUAGCAAUGCAAGUAACAAAAAAUGGUUCAGAAAUGUGGUUAAGUAAAUGGAUUUCUAAACAAAAUAAUAUUAAUGGAACAUUAUCUGUUCAUUAUAGUGAUCCAACAUAUCCUUUUGGUUCAUUAUUUAAUACACCAUUUUUAUCUAGUGAAGAAUUUGAAAAAACAAAAUAUUAUUUUAAAAUAUAUAUUAUUAUUGCAUUGUCAAAUACAAUGUUUACCUUGAUACGUUCUUUUAGUUUUGCUAAUGGUGCAAUAGUUGCUACAAGAAGAUUACAUUCUAAAUUACUUAGUAUAGUAUUUAAUGCUAAAAUGUCAUGGUGGGAUUCUACACCAUAUGGUAUUGUAUUAAAUCGACUAUGUUCUGAUAUAUAUACAGUUGAUGAUGCUUUACCAUUUCAACUUAAUAUAUUUUUAGCAUCAACUUUUAAUUUAAUUGGAUCAAUGUUUUUAACAUUAUUUGCCUUACCAUAUAUUUUACCUAUUGUUUUAGUACUUUUUGUAUUUUAUUAUUUAAUUCAAAGAUAUUAUCGUUAUACAACAUGUGAAGUAAAACGUUUCACUACAAUGACAUUAUCACCUUUAUUUUCACAUAUUAAUGAUACAAUUAAUGGAAUUAUAACAAUAAAAUCUCAAAGAUUUGUCAAAAGAUUUGUUAAUGAUUUAAAAGAUAAAUUAACUAAUAAUUUAAGAGCUCAAUAUAGUGCAUUAGCGGCAACUCUUUGGUUAUCAAUAAGAUUACAAUUUAUUGGUAUAGUUAUGAUUUCUACUGUAGCAUUUGGUGCUGUUAUCCAAAAACAUUUUGGAACAAUUGGUGUUAUCCAACAAAGUAUGAUUGGUUUAGCUAUAACAUAUGCCUUAACAUUAACAAAUUUAUUAAAUGCAAUUUUAAAUUCAUUUAUUGAUACAGAAAAAGAAAUGGUUAGUGUUGAGAGAAUAAAUCAAUUUAUUAAAAAUAUUCCAAUAGAAAUUGAUUCUAAAAAUAAUUUUAUAAAUAAUGAUAUAGAAAACCAAACUAUUGAGAUAGAAAAUAAUAUUGAAAGAAAUUUAAUUGAAAAUAAUAGUUCUCCUGUUAAUGAUUAUUUUAAUAAUGGAGAUAUAAUAUUUCAUAAUGUUUUCUUAUCUUAUACAAAUGACUUAUCAACAUCAGUACUUAAAAAUAUUAAUUUUGGAAUAAAAGAAGGUUCAAAGAUAGCAAUACUUGGAAGGACAGGUUCAGGAAAAUCUUCUUUGUUUAAUUUAAUUCUUAGGGCAUAUGAUAUAACAAGUGGAUAUAUUUCAAUAGGAUAUCAAGAUAUAUCAUCAAUUUCAUUAUCAACACUUAGAAGUAAUAUAGCAAUUGUCACUCAACAACCUUUUAUUUUUCAUGGUACAGUAUAUGAAAAUUUAAAUAUUUUUAAUAUAACAAAUAAUGAAAGUAGUACAAAUAUAUUAAAAGAAAAAAUAAAACAAUUUUUUGUUAAAUCAUCAUUAGAAAAUAUGUUAGAAGAGAUGAAUGGAUUAGAUGGGUAUAUUGAAGAAAAUGGUUCAAAUUUAAGUUAUGGUCAAAAGCAAAUAUUAGCAUGUAUAAGAAUAUUACUUCUAAAUCCAAAGAUAGUUCUUAUUGAUGAGGCUACUGCAUAUAUGGAUUUAGCAUUACAUAACAAAAUGCUUUCUUUAAUAAAAGAAUUUUUACCAAUAAGUACAGUUUUAAUGAUUGUUCAUCAUGAUUUAAAUCUUGAACAAUUUGAUGGAUGUAUUUAUAUGGCUAAUGGUGAAAUAAAAGAAUUAAGAAAUUUAUCUAAAGAAAGUGAAAAAGAUGUAUUUAUUACUUUUUAG